AUGGCGACGACCCACCCGGCGCUCCUCUUCCUCGUCGUCCUAGCAUGCACCGGUGCCGCCAGCGGGUUCUAUGUCAGACCUGGUACACUUAACGACUUGCUCGCCGUGAAGGUGAACCAGCUGAGCUCCAUCAGGACGCAGCUGCCCUACUCCUACUACUCCCUACCCUUCUGCAGGCCGGAUACCAUCAUCAACAGCGCCGAGAACCUCGGCCAGGUCCUCCGUGGCGACCGAAUCGAGAACUCACCCUACGUGUUCGAGAUGAUGGAGCCUAAGCUGUGUCAGAUCACAUGCAAGAUUGUUCUGACCGAACAGGGAGCAAAUGACAUCAAGGAGAAAAUCGAGGACGAGUACCGUGUAAACAUGAUUCUUGAUAACCUUCCUCUGGUCGACCCAAUUACGAUGAUUGAUAGAGAUGCGCCUCCAUACUAUCAGCAAGGUGUGAAUCUGGGUGUCAAGGGCCUGUACGUUGGGAGUAAAGAUGUCAUGUAUUUCAUCUACAACCACUACUCAUUUCUGGUGAAGUAUAACAAGGAGGCACAAACAGAUCUCGCUAGGAUUGUGGCCUUUGAGGUUAAACCAUACAGUCGUAAACAUAAACCUGAUGGUGAUUGGAAGGGUAAUGCAACUCGCCUUAAAACCUGUAAUCCAUACUCGGGGCUUCUAGUAGUGUACUCUGAUGGGCCUCAACAAAUAGAGGCAAACAAAGAGAUCAUUUUCACCUAUGAUGUUAACUUUGAGGAAAGUGAUAUCAAGUGGGCAUCACGCUGGGACACCUACCUUCGCACAACUGAUGGUGGUUUCCCAUUGUGUACAGUCCUGGGGCUCCUGUCACCUUCAAAUCGUGGAGGGUUCAUGACGGCCAUGCUCCUGCUCUGGGUCUUCAUGGGCCCGUUUGUAGGGUACUCCUCUGCACGUUUUUACAAGAUGUUCGGGGGGAUGGAAUGGAAGAAGGUUGCCAUCAGGACGGUCUUGGUAUUCCCUGGAGUUGUCUUCCUAAUAUUCUUUGCCCUGAACAUGCUUCUCUGGGGCGUGAAAUCAUCCGGUGCUGUACCAUUCACCACCAUGUUCGCACUGGUUUUCCUGUGGUUUGGAAUCUCUAUGCCACUGAUCUUCAUCGGCAGCUACCUUGGGUUUAAGAAGCCUUACAUAGAGGACCCAGUGAGGACAAACAAGAUACCACGCCCGAUACCGCAGCACAGCCAUGGUAUCCUACCCUUCGGUGCUGUGUUCAUGGAGCUCUUAUUCAUCCUGACAAUAAUCUGGAUGCACCAGUUCUACUACAUCUUUGGGUUCCUGUUCCUCGUCUUCGUGAUCCUAAUAGUGACCUGCGCUGAGAUCACCAUUGUGCUUUGCUAUUUCCAGCUGUGUAGCGAGGACUACCAGUGGUGGUGGAGAUCCUACCUGACGCCCGGCUCGUCAGCUCUGUACCUCUUCCUGUAUGCAACAUUCUAUUUCUUCACGGAGAUGCAGAUCACGAAGGCAGCCUCCGGUGUGCUCUACUUGGGCUACAUGCUCAUUGCCUCCUACGCCUUCUUUGUGCUCACCGGCACCAUUGGCUUUUACGCCUGCUUCUGGUUCACCAGGCUUAUAUACUCUUCGGUGAAGAUUGACUAG